AAAGAAAAAAUGAAGGAGCUGUCCCUGCUUUCAUUGAUUUGUUCCUGUUUCCACACCCAGCCACAUCCAAACACCAUCUACCAGUAUGGAGAUAUGGAGGUCAAGCAGCUGGACAAGAGGGCUUCCGGCCAGAGCUUUGAAGUGAUUCUGAAGUCCCCUUCUGACUUGUCUCCAGAGAGUCCAGUCCUUUCCUCUCCCCCCAAGAAGAGGGACCUGUCCCUGGAAGAUCUGCAGAGGCGGCUGGAAGCUGCAGAGGAGAGGAGGAAGACCCAGGAGGCUCAAGUCCUGAAGCAGCUGGCCGAAAAGCGAGAGCACGAGAGGGAGGUCCUCCACAAGGCCUUGGAGGAGAACAACAACUUCAGCCGGCUGGCUGAGGAGAAACUGAAUUACAAGAUGGAGCUGAGCAAGGAGAUCCGCGAGGCCCAUCUAGCUGCCUUGAGGGAGCGACUCCGCGAGAAGGAACUGCAUGCAGCCGAGGUGCGCAGAAACAAGGAGCAGCGGGAAGAGAUUUCUGGAUAA